UGCUCUUACUCGGAUAUUUGGACCGCAUAAAGCAAUACCCAGAAUGGCAGCUAAACGCCUUCAGCAUUAUGCAAUUUUUCUUUCAGCGUUUAAUUACACUAUUAAACACAUCAGUACAGACAGAAACCCAGCAGAUUAUUUGUCAAGACUACCAAAAGAGAAUGAUGAUACAAAGUAUCAUGCAUUAUGUAUAAAUAACACAGAAAUUGUAAAUGUAAAAUAUAUUAAUGAGUCUGAAAUGAAAUCUCUGAAUUGGAAAUUAAUCCAAAAAAAUACCAAAAAAGAUGUAAUUCUUUCUAAGGUACGUAUGUAUUGUCAGGAUGGUUGGCCAGAAAAAGUGUCAGAUAAAAAUUUAAACCCAUAUUACUUGAGAAGACACGAGAUUAGCACAGACAGAGAUUGCAUAAUGUGGGGUCAUCGAAUCGUAAUACCAGAAAACUUACAACAAACUAUUUUAGAAGAACUGCAUCUUACACACUUUGGAACCUCAAGAAUGAUUGAAAUGGCCAAAGCUUACUUUUGGUGGCCUAAGCUUAAUGAAUGUAUUGAAAAGGUAGCAGGCUCUUGCAAAUUAUGUUUAGAAAAUAGACAUAACCCGUCUAAAGCGGCUCCAAAGUGCUGGCCAAUACCUCCGGGACCAUGGUUUAGAAUCCAUGCAGAUUUUUUAGGCCCAUUAUUGGGAAAAAUGUAUCUAAUUAUUGUUGACAGUUAUUCCAAAUGGCCUGAAGCAUUUCUAAUGACUAAUAUUGGUUCUAGCUUAACGAUAACUAAAUUUAAAGAAUUAUAUUUAAGAUAUGGGUUCCCCGUUCACUUGGUAACGGAUAAUGGCACUGCCUUUACAAGUCACGAAUUUCAAGAAUUUUGUAGAGUCACAGGUGUUAAGCAUACUUUCACUGCUCCUCACUAUCCGGCCACUAAUGGUGCGGCCGAAAGAUUUGUAGAGACGUUUAAAUCACACAUGAAAAAAAUUAUUGAAAGUGGCAAAUCGCAAAACUAUGCCUUAGGCAUAUUUUUGUUUGAUUACCGCACGACCACACACAAAACCAGCGGAGUAACUCCAGCUCGGUUGAUGAUGGGUAGAGAAUUGCGAAAUAGAUUUUCACUAUUAAGACCUGCACCCAUAUAUCAAAAUCUUGUAGAGGCCCAAGAAAAACAGUUAAAGUAUGCUAAGGGUGCCAGAAUUUUAGAAUUAUCUGAGGGUGACUUAGUUAAUGUUAAGGAGUUUAGAAGGGGGAAGAAGUGGUCAAAAGGUCACAUAGUUAAGGUUUUGAUGCCUGGCUCUACUUUCAUGGUAGAGGUGGAAGGAGCAAAAUGGAAGCGUCAUGCUAACCAAUUGCAUAAACUUUAAAAUUAGUAUUUAAAUUUCCAUUAACUGUUAUAAGACUUUUAGAACUAUAGAGUUCAUAGUUUAUAAUAGCUUAUAAGCUAUUUAGGCUUAAGGGGGUGGAGAGUGUAAUAACCUGUCACAGAGUU